CUCAUUGCUCAGCGGAGAUGAGGAUGUGUGUGGGGGUUUGGCAGCCGGGGCCCGACGUGCCCGGCGCAGUCCUGCUGCUCCUGGUGCUGCUGCUGGGCGCUGCGGCUGGGCUCGACUGUGCCGGGGACACGUACCCCCACGGCGGCCGGUGCUGUCACGAGUGCCAGCCAGGCAACGGGAUGGUGAGCCGCUGUGACCUCUCCCGCGACACCGUGUGCCGCCCGUGUGAGCCCGGCUUCUACAACGAGGCCGUCAACUACGAGAGCUGCAAGCCCUGCACACUGUGCAACCAGCGAAGUGGGAGUGAGCCCAAGCACAGGUGCACGGCCACGCAGGACACCGUCUGCCGCUGCCGCGCGGGCACCCAGCCCCAGGGCGGCUACAAGCGUGGAGUCGACUGCGCCCCGUGCCCCCCAGGCCACUUCUCCCCAGGCGACAACCAAGCGUGCAAGCCCUGGACCAACUGUACCGCGGCCGGCAAGCGCACUCUGUGGCCGGCCAGCAACAGCUCAGACGCCGUCUGUGAGGACAGGAGCCCCCCGGCCACGCCGUCCUGGGAGACCCAGCGCCCCCCAGCCAGGCCCACCACUGCUCAGCCCACCGUGGCCAGGCCUGGGACAUCACAGGGGCCCUCCACACCCCCCUCGGAGGACCCCAGGGGCUCUGUGCUCGCCGCCGUCCUGGGCCUGGGCCUGGGCCUGGGCCUGGGGGUGCUGGUCCCCCUGGCCACGCUGCUGGCCCUGCACCUGCACCGAAGGGCCUGGAGGACACCCCCGGACGCCCCAAAGGGCCCUGGGGGAAACAGCUUCCGGAUCCCCAUCCAAGAGGAGCAGGCAGACACGCACUCCUCCCUGGCCAAGAUCUGA